AUGUCGUCCCGAGGUGUUGCGAAUCUCACCCCCGAUCAGCUAGCGAAGAAGCGGGCCAAUGACCGGCAAGCGCAGCGCGCAAUUCGAGAAAGAACCAAGGGUCAUAUAGAAGCUCUGGAACAACAAGUCCGAGACUUGUCAUCACAAAAGCCAUAUCUUGAUCUUCAAGCAGUUCUGCGCCAGAAUGAGGCCAUUCGGUCGGAGAACGCGGAGCUCCGUCAAGGACUUAAGGCGGCGAUGGAUAUCAUACAACCAUUGAUGGCGAAGUCGGAAUUACCAGAUGCGCCAUAUUCUCACGCUAUACCCAAGUCCGCCCCGCCCCCUUCACAUACUUCACCAUUCCCCGAUACAGACCAGUUCACCUCCCACGGUCAGGCACAACUCCAAGGCGACAGGUUAUAUGCGGAAUCCAAUGCCAGCCUUGACACACCUUCUCCAACUCAUUCCACGCCAGGAUUUGGGGGUCGUCGCAACAGCACCAAUGGUGGCCCUCCGACGACCUCUUUCCGUGUAGCAUUGGACUCGCAACGCCGCAAUAUUACCCACGGCUUGGACCUCGGCUCCGAGGAGCGUCUAGGGUUCAACUUUCUUCUGGAUUCUUCGCGCAGUGUUCCUAAAGUCAACCGGCUCCGUCGCGGCAGCUCAGAGAACCUCCGCUCUUCUCAGAUGCAUAUUCCGUCACCCAUUUACCCACAUCCAUUGACUACUACCUCCGAACAUGGACCGCCUGCAUUCGCCGCACCGAUACAGAAUUUGCCAGCGACAUGCCCCAUGGAUACCAUUCUCUUGGAAUUCCUCCAGAGCCGGCAACGUGAUGCGGCCCAGGGGAUUCCUAGACAGAAACUAGCCGGACCGCCGUACCCCAGUGUCUCCUCGUUAUUAAAUCCUGAGAAAAGCGUUUAUUCGCAUCCAGUCUCGAAGGUAUUCACAGACAUCCUGCGUACCUUCCCGGACAUCUCUACCCUACCCGAACAGGUCGCGGUGCUCUAUGUUAUGUUCCUCCUCAUGCGCUGGCAGAUUUAUCCAACACAAGAGAAUUAUGAGCGACUGCCGGAGUGGUUCACACCACGCUCAACGCAACUCCUCCAUCCGCACCCAGCUUGGAUGGACUACGUCCCCUGGCCGGGGAUGCGUGACCGGAUCGUCACUUCCUACCAGAGUUACCCGUUUGAGAACUGGUUCAUACCGUUCACAAGCGAACUCAGCCUUAAUUGGCCGUAUGAGGAUACAGACUGUUUGUUGUCAGCUGGUGAUUCAGACGAGCUGGUCAUCAAUCCCGUAUUCGAACGCCAUUUGAGGAAUCUGUGCAACUGGUCUUUGGGGCCCUGCUUUGCGGAGGCUUAUCCCGCUUUGGCAGACACCGCACAAAUUAAGCCGAAACGGAAGAUCAACGCCCCAUCGGCGUCGGCAGUCGAUCCCCCGAAGAUUAGUAGUCCAUAUAAUUCGGCUUAA